GAUCUACUAACACAUAUCUUAUAGUUAUUCAGUAUGCCUAAGAACAAAGGAAAGGGAGGAAAGAACAGGAGGAGAGGUAAGAAUGAAAAUGAAUCAGAAAAACGAGAACUCGUUUUCAAAGAGCAUGGACAAGAGUACGCACAAGUGUUGAAGUUGUUGGGUAAUGGCCGUCUGGAUGCACAAUGCUUCGACGGAGUUAAAAGAUUAUGCCAUAUCAGAGGAAAGCUCCGCAAGAAAGUAUGGAUCAACAAUGGAGAUAUUAUUUUGAUAGGGCUGCGUGAUUACCAAGACAGCAAAGCAGAUGUGAUACAGAAAUACAACCCGGAUGAGGCAAGAAACCUUAAAGCUUACAAAGAAUUACCAGAAACUGCAAAGAUCAAUGAUGCCCAGAUAGAUGACGACAAUGAUCUAGACGGAAUUGAAUUCCAGGAUGAUAUUGAUGGCGAAAGUGACGAGGUAGACGAGGAUAGGAAUCUCAUGUUGGAUGAUAUUGAUGAUAUCUAGCUUCACUUUUCUGAUUGUUGUUAAAUUGAAACUUUAGAUAUCUCCACUGAGUUUCUGUGUGAAUGAAGGAACUGGAAUGGUUGUUUAAUAAAGUACCUAGAAUUGAAAAUAAAUACUUGUCAAAACAUGCUCUUUUUUAUCAUCUUGUUCAUAGUGCUCAAAAUGAGUUUUUGGAAUAUAUGAUUUAUGAAAUCCACUUAUCUAAUGCAACUUUACAAUUUUACAACCA